AGAGCGAGAGAGAAUGGACGAUUCAGGAGCGAUUCUCAGCCAUAUUUCUUCCUUCAAGGACAUGCUGGAUCAGAUCAAUGAAGAAAUCGAAGCAAAUUUUCAGAUCACGGCAGAGAUUGAAUCUGAGAUCGUUAAAUGUGCGGAGAUCGAAACUGCUUUGGCCCUUAAAGAAUCCGAGUUGACCAAGAUCCUUUUCAUCUCUCAAUUUGAAAUCGUCGGAUUACAGUCCGUUACUGCUGAUUCAAGGAAGUCAAUGAAACAUUUGGAGGAGGAAUUAAGUAAUUUAAGAACAAAGUGGGAUGAGAUGCUAAAAAGAAUGAGCAACAAGCGGGAACGUUUUACCACACUCUGCUUAGAAUUUCAGAGGGACAGUGGCAAGGGUAAAAAUGAUGAGCUGGUAAACUUGUUGUUUGAGAAGGAGAGUCUUGAAAAUGAAGUUCGUAUGUUGGAUGAAAAAAUUAACACAAUGAAAAAUGUGAUGCUGGCAUUUGAGGAAGAAAUCGUUGAAGAUCUUCACAAGUCCAAUUUUGGAUUUUUUGCCAAAUCUGUUUUUAACCCCAUAUUGCUAUCUGCAGCUCUGCAUUUUGAGAUACAAAAAGAUAAACAAGAGAAUGAGAAAUUACUGAAGGAUAUUGGAAAUUUGAGGAGUGUGUUGGUUCAGUAUUAUGAUUCAUCAUGA